AUGCCGGAAGACUCAGCUUCUCUCGUUGUCGACCACUCCGAUCGCCCUCGAACACCCUCCUUGCCGACUCCUGUUGGCUCCAGAACUCCUCCGACAAUCCCCACCAAUCGGCUGCCUCGAAACGACGACAGCAUGUCCGCUAUUAAACGAGCUACCGAGGCGAUGGAAGCCGAAGCGUUGAAUCGGAGACUGAAAGAGAUUGAAAAUGCCAGAGGACCGAGGGAGAGAACGCCUGGAAGAAGUCCGAGCCGCAAGAGACAAAGAAUAUAUGGAGAUCGAUUUAUCCCCAAUCGAGAUGGACAAGAUCUACAAGCCAGCUACAGCUUGUUGCAUGAUGACGGAUCUCCUGCGACACCUUCUCGGUCGAAGAAGAAGACCCCUCACGGUGAACUCCACUUUCAACGGACUGAAGAAGCCGACAGAACUUAUUCCAAAGUUUUGCGCAACGAAUUGAUGGGCGACACGGUCCCGCAAGACUAUCGAUCUCUGUCUCCAGAUGACCUCUUUGGCAGACGGCAAACGCCUCCUGGUCAGCCACCCAUUUCUGCCGUUCCUCCAGCAUCCAUCACUCCCACGACGCCCCGCAAGAAUAUGUUUUCAUACACAUCCCCACAAAAGGUGAUGGGAUCCGGUCAUCCCACGCCUUCUUCCCGAGCGGCAAAACACCCUGGCAUCAUCAAUCUGAAUGCCCGGUCCGAUUUGUAUUCUAUCUCACCCAUCAACUACUCCUCCCAGUCUAUUCUCCAAACCCCCCGAAAACCACCUCGUCCGAUUGCCAAAGUGCCGUACAAAGUGCUGGAUGCUCCCGAAUUGGCAGACGACUUCUAUUUGAACCUGGUGGACUGGGGAUCCGCCAACAUCCUUGGCGUCGGUCUGGGAUCAUGUGUUUAUAUGUGGAACAGUACCACCGGCAAAGUUACACAACUCUGCAAAUUACCGGAUAACGACCUGGUGACGUCGGUGGCGUGGAUUCAGCGAGGCUCACACCUGGCCAUUGGCACUCACAAGGGUUUCGUUCAAAUUUAUGACGCCGAAAAAUCCAGGAGGUUGCGGACGAUGACUGGUCACUCUGCGCGAGUGGGCGCGCUAGCCUGGAACGACCAUAUCUUGACAUCGGGAUCAAGAGACCGACUGAUAUAUCAUCGAGAUGUCCGCAGUCCCGAUCAAUAUCUCCGACGACUGGCCGGUCACAAACAAGAAGUCUGCGGUCUCCGUUGGAACACUGAAGACGGCCAACUCGCUUCAGGAGGAAACGACAACAAGCUGUGUGUGUGGGACAAGCUCUCGGAAACACCCGUCUAUCGAUUUUCACAUCAUGUUGCCGCAGUGAAGGCCAUUGCUUGGAGUCCCCAUCAGAGACACUUGCUGGCAUCGGGUGGCGGUACCGCAGAUCGAUCCAUCAAGUUUUGGAACACCGCAAAUGGUAGAUUAAUCAAAGAGGUCGACACCGGCAGUCAGGUGUGUAAUUUGGCUUGGAGCAAGAAUAGUGAUGAAAUCGUCUCCACACACGGUUACAGUCAGAACCAGAUUGUGGUAUGGAAAUAUCCCAAGAUGGAACAGGUCGUUAGUCUGACGGGCCAUACGUUCCGUGUCCUUUAUUUGAGCACGAGUCCGGAUGGGACGACUGUUGUCACCGGCGCCGGAGAUGAAACCCUGAGAUUUUGGAAAGUGUUUGGCAAGAAGGGCAAUGAAGGUCGGAACAGUGAUGGCCUCGUCGGCAAAUUGGCAGAUUGGGGUGCAAUCCGCUGA